AUGAAACGAUAUGCGGAUGAUACGCCGGCACUCCUCGAGCGCUCGUGGAGGGUCGCGAGUGGCAAGGAGAGGCAGGAAAUCAACGAAGCCAGCAGGCAAACUGGCGGCACCGAUGGCGGCACCGAUGGCGGCGGCGAGACAUCAUCGGCAGGAGCGCUUGAAUAUCGAAACAGGUCGGUCGAAUGA